AUGGUCACUCGAAAGCCCGUUCCCAAACCCAGCAUCCCUUCCAACAACACCUCCUCGCCGCGAUACCCCAUUACCCCAGUAUCUUCGGAUCCACAUCAUGUCUCCCGUCCCGAAACGAAUCACAAUGCGAUUUAUGAUCAUUCUGCAGAUAACAUAGAGCCUAAUGUUUGGAAUGAAGAGAAGCAUUCUCAUCCUGAUCACAAAAGCCUUCCCGACGCUUUAAGAGUUGGGCCAUCGACAAUCCAUCCCAAGUCUUCUCAGGAUAUGCUAAAACCCAAUUCCUCAAUCACGAACCCAUUUUUAAGAAGGCAGCAAUCACAAAGUUCGCAAAGUGCAGUAUCCGAUGGAAAGGAAAGCAGUGCAGAUAUCUGGAAUGAGCUCACAGAGAAACCCACACAGCCGGAUUAUCCACCACCACCUCCUCCUCAAAUAUCUCAAGUAACUCAACAGUUCUCGAACAUGGGAGUGUCUGGGCAAGACACAAACCCUUGGCAACCCAUCACGAACGAAAAGUUGCCAUUACAAACAUCCAGCCUUCAACGCGAAGAUUCAGGAAACGAAGCCUGGUCAGGCGCAAAUCCCCCAAAUAUCGGUACCUCUUCCAGCUUGUCCCAAGAUUCGCAACAACCAGUUUUGGUAGAUAUUGAUGAACCUGAAUCUCCAGCAUGGGAUGAGGAUGAUUAUGACGAUGGUGAAGGGGAAGAAGGAACGCCAAUUAGCCCCAAGAAGUCGACAUUACCUACACACGAAACGCAGGAGAUACUAGAAGAUCAACAUGCAUGGGACUCAAGUCAUGGCCAAAGUUCGAAUCAGUCGCAAACGAUUCCAGUUCAGUCCUCUGGGAACACACAGUAUUCUAACCCUCCUGCGGAAGGGUGGAAUCUAAUUGAUCAUGAUACCAUACCGGAGAAUUUUCAGCAAAGCGGUGUAGUCAGAGCAGAUGGCACAGAGAUUUCUAGAAUAACCUCUGAAGAAAUUGCUCCAGCGCUUCCACCGCGGAACUCUCAAGAACAUCCUCCUCCUCAGCCUCCGCGCCCAGUCUUAGAUGCGUCAAACACAAAUAUAAUACCGAUUACGACAUCUGGUGCAUCAGCCGCUGCUCUAAGACAGAAGAAAGAGACCUACGAGAUUAAGAAAAUAUCUUGGCAUGACAUCAAUGCCCAACAUAACCCCAGAAUUUCACCUAUUCUGGUACAAAAUGCCAACGGACCUUGUCCUCUGUUGGCCCUUGUGAAUGCUCUGACUUUAUCGACACCCGCAAAUAUGGAAACUGCUCUAGUGGAGACACUCCGGUCGCGAGAGCAGGUCAGUCUCGGAUUAUUGCUCGAUGCAGUUUUUGAUGAACUCAUGUCCGGGCGACGUGGAGAUGCUGCACAAGAGCUUCCAGACGUGGGCGAUCUAUAUUCCUUUCUGCUAACACUCCAUACGGGAAUGAACGUUAAUCCCCUCUUCUUUCCCGUUGACUCUACCCAGUCAGCGAAUGAUCCCAGAAAUUCAAUGGCACACAUUCAUCCUGCGCAGCGCGAGAGCUCGCUUCCAGGUACAUUUGAGGAGACUCGUGAAAUGAUAUUAUAUGGUACCUUCUCUGUCCCUUUGAUCCAUGGUUGGCUCCCGGAGGAAGAAUCGCCUGCCUACAUGGCACUGAAAAGAUCUGCUAAAUCGUAUGAAGACGCACAAAACCUGAUGUUUCAUGAAGAGGUAUUAGAAGAGAAGUUAGUUGCUGAAGGCCUCAAUUUCGAAGAACAAGGGAUCCUAGAGGAUAUUUCAACUAUCAAAGCUUUUUUUAUCUCCGCAGCAACUCAGCUUACAGCUCACGGCUUAGAUCUCAUAACUAAUUCUAUGAGUCCAGGCGCUGUAGCCAUUCUAUUUCGAAAUGACCACUUUUCCACAAUCUUCAAACAUCCGACAACUCUUCAACUAUUGCAGCUCGUGACAGAUUCUGGCUAUGCAGGGCAUGCAGAAGUUGUAUGGGAAGGCCUUAUUGAUGUUAAUGGAGAAAGGGCUGAGUUCUAUUCUGGUGACUUCAGUUUAGUCAGUGGACCUUCCACAUUACACCAAGGAAAUGAAGAAGGUAACUGGACCACAGUCACUGGUCGUAGAAAUAAUAAUCGAGUUGAAACUUCACAUGAUACACCAGUGGGGAAUCAACAAGAAUCACAGAAUCACGAUCAAGGUACGAACACAGAACAGGAAGAUCACGAUUUCGCCUUGGCACUACAACUGCAGGAAGAAGAGGACGAGCGUAACCGAAAUGAAACCGCACGAAGGCAAAGAGAGUCAGAGCUUUCACAGCAGUACAUAGAGCAACAGGGGAGUGGCAACAAUAGUAGUAAUGCCCCUGUUAGCCAGCGGGGCGGUAGUGGGCGGGGUGGUACCAGAGGCCGUGGAGUCAAUGUACCAGUCCGAGGAGGGUCAAUUCGUGGUAGUACUAGUACACGAGGUCGUCCCGCAAUUCCGCCUCGCAACAGUAAUGUUGCCACUCCUGCCGUCGACCCAGAAGCAGGUAUUGAUGCACCACCUCCUACAUACGAGCAAGCUGCUACCGAACCGGCUUACCAACCUCCAGAUAAUCAUCCUGCACAUCCAAACGCAGAUCCAAGCCGGAGAACAAGUGCUUACACAGCAACCGCUAAUAGUCAGCAACGUCCUCCAGCUAAUGCUGCAGGUCGCCGUAAUACGGCUUCCUAUGGUGGCAUUGGAAGGGGUAGUCAGACAAUCAUAGAUCAGGUUCCUGGGCGCAGGAUCCAAGCUCCAAAUCAAGGGCUACCGACCUCUCAACAGCCAGAAAGGCAGAAAGAUUGUAUUGUUAUGUGA